UGCUUCCGCAACAAUCAGCUUUAUUAGUGGUAGACUGAUAGUUGACUGCUCCUUGAAAUAAGUGAGCAAGGAAAUAUGGAAGAGAAGAGUCAUGAAAUUGCGAAAGAUGUCACGGAACUUAUUGGAAGCACCCCUAUGGUAUAUCUCAACAAAAUCGCGGAAGGUUGUGCUGCCAAAAUUGCAGCCAAAAUGGAGACAAUGCAACCAUGCUCAAGUAUUAAAGAUAGGGUCGCAUGGAAUAUGAUCAAAGAUGCAGAAGACAGGGGCAUUAUUAGACCUGGAAAGACUGUCCUUCUAGAGACAUCCAGUGGAAAUACCGGCAUUGGUCUUGCGUCUAUUGCAGCAGCUCGUGGGUAUAAACUCGUGAUAGUGAUGUCAGGAUCAUCUAGUAUUGAGAGAAGGAUUGUUCUUAAAGCUUUGGGGGCUGAGUUAUACAUCACGGAUCGUGACAAAGGCAUACAUGAGGUGCUUAAGAAGGCCCAAGAGAUAAAAGACACAACACCCAACUGUUAUUUUCUUGGUCAGGACAAGAACCCUGCCAAUCCAAAGAUCCAUUAUGAAGCAACUGGACCUGAAAUAUGGAAUUGUACGGGAGGGAAAGUUGACAUUUUCAUUGCUGGGAUUGGGACUGGAGGCACAGUAACAGGAAUUGGAAAGUUCCUCAAGGAGAAGAAUCCAGAAAUAAAGGUAUAUGGUUUAGAACCAACUGAAAAUGCAUUUCUAAAUGGAGGACAACUAGGGCCACAUAAAAUCCAAGGAAUUGGUCCUGGUUUUAUCCCACCUGUUCUCGAUCUCAGCAUCCUGGAUGGAGUUCUUCAAGUAUCUAGCGAUGAAGCUAUUGAAAUGGCAAAGCUUCUUGCAUUGAAAGAAGGUCUGCUGGUAGGAAUAUCAUCAGGGGCUGCAGCUGCUGCAGCAGUACAAGUAGCAAAAAAGCCCGAAAACGCUGGGAAACUUAUUGUGAUAAUUAUGGCUAGUUCUGGAGAGCGUUAUCUUUCCACCGUGCUGUUUGAUUCCAUUAGAGAAGAGGUGGAAAACAUGAAAUUUUGAGUAACUUUGGAGUUACAUGUUGUAACAGGAGCUAAAAUAGUGAAGACCUCCCAAGUUUAAUCUCCUAAUUAAAUGAACUCUAUUUAUGACAAUAUAUCCAUUAUUGAAUUAAUUCAAAAUCUCAACAUUUUCAUCA